AUGUGUAAUGUUCUGUCACUAGAUCCAGAACACAUGCCACCGCCCGCUCCAUCUGAAGCUAGACCAACAACAUCAUCUGAAAGAAAAGUUUCCGUGGCUGUUAAUAAUGAAGAUGAUGAAAGGUUUUAUACCGAAUAUGCAUUUAACGACACAAGAGAAAACCUUGCAAGUAAUAGAAAUAUUCGAAAAAUAUGUAACAAAAAAACCAAACCCUGA